UUCUCUUAGAGAUUCAUCAGAUCCUAGCCCACGAAAAAGCAAAAUCUAAAAGCAGACACAAGUCUCUUCUCUCUCUUCCGUUUAUUUCCAUCUUUCUUCUUCUUGUUGUUCUUAUCUUGUCUCUUCUAUUCUUUUUUACUCUGAAGCAACAAACACUAAAAGGAAAAAGAAACUUGGUGUUUGUUCCGCUGCUUUCAUCGUUCAUGGUUUAGCUCACAGAUCUGAAGCUUUAAAAAACCUCUAGUAAGGUCAUUUUCUAUCUGUAUCGUCAAGCUCCCCAUUUAUAAAAGACCCAAGAGUGUUCCGGAAACAUUUUGAACUCAAAAGAUACAACUCUUCAGUUUUCUCUCCGUAAAACAUGAUGCAGAGACCGCCUCCAGAAGAUUUUUCUUUGAAAGAGACCAGUCCCCAUUUGGGUGGGGGUAAGGUCAGCGGUGACAAGCUCACCAGCACCUAUGACCUUGUUGAGCAGAUGCAAUACCUUUAUGUCCGGGUUGUCAAGGCCAAGGACUUACCUGGAAAAGAUGUCACUGGUAGCUGUGACCCUUAUGUUGAAGUUAAGCUUGGCAAUUAUAAGGGUACUACUCGGCAUUUUGAAAAGACUUCACAUCCUGAGUGGAACCAGGUGUUUGCGUUCUCUAAGGAUCGGAUUCAGUCAUCCGUUCUUGAGGUUAUUGUGAAGGAUAAGGACUUUGUGAAGGAUGAUUUUAUGGGUAGAGUUUAUUUUGAUAUGAAUGAGAUUCCAAAGCGGGUUCCUCCAGAUAGUCCUUUGGCUCCGCAGUGGUAUAGGUUGGAGGAUAGGAAGGGGCAAAAAGUUAAGGGAGAAUUAAUGUUGGCUGUUUGGAUGGGUACUCAAGCAGAUGAGGCAUUUCCUGAGGCAUGGCAUUCAGAUGCAGCCACUGUCAGUGGCAUGGAUGGUCUGGCUAAUAUAAGGUCCAAGGUUUAUCUCUCUCCUAAGCUGUGGUAUUUGAGGGUUAAUGUCAUUGAAGCUCAGGACCUGCAACCCACUGACAAGGGUAGGUACCCGGAUGUUUUUGUCAGGGCCAUACUUGGAAGUCAGACUUUGAGAACUAGAAGUUCUAUUAGCAGGACUAUUAAUCCUAUGUGGAAUGAGGAUCUGAUGUUUGUGGCAGCAGAACCAUUUGAGGAGCACUUGAUUUUGAGUGUGGAAGAUAGAGUUGCACCUAACAGGGAAGAAAAUCUGGGAAGGUGUGCGAUUCCUCUACAGUAUGUGGACAGGAGGCUUGAUCAUAAGCCGGUAAACACUAGGUGGUUUAAUCUAGAAAAGCAUGUGAUUGUGGAAGGGGAGAAGAAGAAGGAGACAAAGUUUGCUAGCAGGAUUCACGUGAGGAUCUCUUUGGAUGGAGGUUAUCAUGUUUUGGACGAGUCGACACACUACAGUAGUGAUCUUAGGCCAACAGCAAAACAGUUAUGGAAGUCCAGCAUAGGGAUACUAGAAUUGGGCAUUUUGAAUGCUCAAGGUUUGAUGCCAAUGAAAACUAAGGAUGGCAGGGGAACUACAGAUGCUUAUUGUGUGGCAAAGUAUGGGCAGAAAUGGGUUCGAACUAGAACAAUCAUAGAUAGCUCUGCUCCCAAGUGGAAUGAGCAAUAUACAUGGGAAGUUUUCGAUCCUUGUACUGUUAUAACAAUUGGGGUGUUUGAUAAUCAUCAUUUGCAUGGUGGAGAUAAAUCUGAAGGGUCAAAGGAUUUAAGAAUUGGGAAGGUAAGGAUUCGACUCUCUACACUUGAAACAGAUCGUGUUUACACUCAUUCGUAUCCGCUUCUGGUUCUAUAUCCAAAUGGUGUCAAGAAGAUGGGUGAAAUUCAUUUAGCUGUGAGAUUCACGUGCUCAUCAUUGCUUAACAUGAUGCAUAUGUACUCACAACCAUUGUUGCCAAAGAUGCACUAUUUGCAUCCAUUAACUGUGAGCCAACUCGAUAACUUGAGGCAUCAGGCCACUCAGAUUGUGUCCAUGAGGCUGAGCCGAGCCGAGCCACCAUUGAGGAAAGAGGUUGUGGAGUUUAUGCUGGAUGUGGGUUCUCACAUGUGGAGCAUGAGACGUAGCAAAGCUAAUUUUUUCAGGAUUAUGGGAGUGUUGAGUGGUUUAAUUGCUGUGGGAAAAUGGUUUGAUCAGAUCUGCAAUUGGAAAAACCCCAUUACCACUGUGCUGAUUCAUAUCUUGUUUAUCAUACUGGUGCUGUACCCAGAACUUAUUUUGCCCACAAUUUUCCUGUACCUGUUCUUGAUUGGAGUUUGGUACUAUAGGUGGAAGCCUAGUUAUCCUCCUCACAUGGACACCCGUCUCUCCCAUGCAGAUUCUGCCCAUCCCGAUGAAUUGGAUGAAGAAUUCGAUACAUUUCCAACUUCUAGGCCUUCUGAUAUUGUAAGGAUGAGAUAUGAUCGUUUGCGAAGUAUUGCUGGUAGAAUUCAGACUGUGGUUGGUGAUUUGGCUACGCAAGGGGAGAGGCUGCAAUCUUUGUUGAGCUGGAGAGACCCAAGAGCUACUGCUCUUUUUGUGAUCUUUUGUUUGAUUGCUGCCAUUGUUCUUUAUGUUACACCAUUCCAAGUUGUGGCUCUUCUAACUGGAGUUUAUGUCUUAAGGCAUCCAAAGUUUCGUCAGAAGCUUCCCUCUGUGCCACUCAAUUUCUUCAGGAGGUUGCCGGCUCGAACUGAUUGCAUGCUAUGAGGAAGGCCAGAUACAUCUGCAGCCGCAUUUUAGUGAGAAUCAGGGUAAGGGGACAGGCAGAGAUUGCGUUCCCGACUAUUGCGGCAGCUGCGCAAGUGCAUAAUAAAUUCUCCAAACAAAAACAAAUAGAUUUCCUUUGGGUUAACGUGAUGGUUAAACCACUUUGGCGACAGAACCACAAAUAUGCUUCAUAGCAAUUGGAGGGGUUAAUGUGGCAUUUUGAACAGCAAAAACUGACUAGUGAGAAAAUUGGGUAGUUGAUUCUGGGAAUUGUGUUGGUGUAUCGGCUUUCUGUGUACCAGGUUGGUGGAGGCGUUAUUUAUUUGCUUUACAAGACUUAUUCCCACCAAAAGGUUUGGUGGAUACACAAAUUUAUAUCCAUAUUAAUUUUUAAAAUUUUAUA